GCGCUGCCUCAGAGAAGUGACAGUCCGCUAAGAUAGCACUGACAGCAUCCUGACAGUCAAGGUGCAGGAACAAGAAAGCCAUCCGAGAUUUUUAUUUACUUGAAGAAUUGCAGAGAGAAAAUCUGCAAGGUUGUCGUGCAGCUGAGUUGCCACAGCAGUGGGUUACUUUUUUUUUUUUUAAAAAAGUUGUGUUUGUUUUUUUUUUUUAAUUCUCUAACCACGUGGACAAGCCAGCAGGGUUCAUGUGUGAUAUAUACAGCCUGGACUCUCACUGCGUGUCCCCACAAUGCAACAUGAGUUGGGCGAUGGAGCCUGCUAACUUCUAUGAGAGCAACAAGCUUGGGGGGCCGCAGCAGGGGGUCUCAAAGCCGGGCAGCAGGGCUGACGGCGUGGGCGAGGAGAGCACCAUGGUGGAGCUGAGCACCACCACUCCAGCCAUGUACGACGACGAGAGCGCCAUCGACUUCAGCCAGUACAUCGACUCCAUGACGUCGGUGCCGAACCUGGAGCUGUGCAACGACGAGCUCUUCCUCGACCUGUUCAACACCGUGAAGCAGGAGAAGCCGGACUUCUACAACCUGCAGAGCGCCGUGCUGUCCGGCGGCAUGAUGCAGCAGCAGCUGUCGGCUGUCUACGCCAAGCAGGACGGCGCGCCGGAGAAGGGGGCGUUCUGCGCCCCGAUCAAGCAGGAGUCCGACUGGAGCGACAGCGACAUGUCCUCAUCCCUGCCCUCCCAGAUCGAGACCUGCGCCCAGACCUCCGUCAGCCUCCCCACGGGACAGCCGACUCCGCCGACCACCCCGGAGCCCGUCUCCGCCAAGUCGUCCCCGAGGAAGAUGGGCAGGGAGAAGGGAAAGAAGUCGGUGGACAGGUUCAGCGUGGAGUAUCGGCAGAGGCGCGAAAGGAAUAACAUUGCGGUGAGAAAAAGCAGGGACAAAGCCAAGAGGCGCAACUUGGAGAUGCAGCAGAAGAUGAUCGAACUGAGCAACGAAAACGAGAAACUCCACAAAACCAUCGAGCAGCUAACCAGGGAGCUCACUGGGCUCCGAGAGUUCUUUAAACAGAUGCCCAGCGCCUCGUUUGCAGGCUCGGCGAGCUCAGAGGGCCGGUGACACACUUUUUUUUAAUCUUCUAUGAACUGUGAGACUUUUAGAAGACAUACCUCAACAGACACUUGUCUUUACCAUCUGUACCAGAUGUAUUAAGCUUACCAUAAUGGCACUGGAAAAUAUGUUGUUGCUGCCAUAUUUUUUGUGGGAUUGUUUUCUCUGUAUUAAAUUAUUUUACCACUGCAUUUACAUGAUGUCAUACCUGAUAUGGUACAUGUUUUAUAAUUUCUAACUUUGUAUAAGAGCCAGAGCAUGAUCUUUUAUAUAGUUUGUAUAAAACCUUGAAAAUGUGUUUAUAAAUCUGUAAUAAAGAAACAAUGAUAAAGUGAAA